CCGCCGCGGUCACGUGAAGGGCCGAGCGGAGCGCGCCGAGCCCGGGCCUGCUGCCGCCCGAGGGCAGAGUCCGCUGCCCGCGGCCCCGACGCUCCCCCAUCCCCGCCCCGCGCGCCGCCGCCGCGAUGCCCGGGGCCCACCGAGCCGCUGGGCUGCAUCGCCCACGCCCGUCGUCCCCCGAGGAGCCGCCCGCCCUGGAGGAUCAGGACCUUCUCCUGGCAGCUGCCUAUGUUUCUGACGCUCAGUACAACAGAAACGUUCCAUUUGAAACAUCCCCUCAGGCUGUCAGACUUUACCAUUUCUAUAACCACUGGACAAUGCGGGCAGCCACUUACUUCUUCAUUUGGGUGGACCUCGCUCUUGCCCUCUUUGAGGAACCGGCCUUGUUCCCACUCCCUUUCUUGGCUACCUCGAUAGCAGAAGUACUCUGUCUGACUGCGUUCUUUGGGAGACUUGUACACUUUGCGAAAGUCACUCCUCAGAUGGUUUUCUGGAAGGAUACGAAAAACAUCUGCAUCAUGGUAACCAUAGUGCUGACCUUGAUUGAUCUGAUUACCUAUGGGUCCCUGGAGGCUGUUAACAUCCAUGGAGUUCGAUGGUCAAGGGCCUUGAGGCCAGUCUUCCUAAUUAAUUUCCCUGAAAGUCGUCAGAUCCGAAGGGCCUUUCGAAGCAUCCGAAACACUCUGCCCGAUAUCCUCUACGUCUUCCUCUUGUUCAUCUUCAGCGUGUUGAUAUUCUCCCUCAUGGCCUUGAAGCUUUUCGGGGAUAGGGGUCUCAAAACAGUGCAAGGAUCGCCCUACUUCACCAACAUCCUGGACAUAGCGUUUGAGCUCUACGUGCUGGUCACCACCGCAAACAGCCCCGAUGUCAUGAUGCCUGCCUAUGAGUUCAAUUGGUGGUAUUCUCUGUACUUUAUAACCUACAUCAUCAUCAACACCUACAUCUUCAUGUCCGUCUUUCUGGCCGUUGUCUACAACAAUUAUAGGAAGCACUUAAAGAAUGAGAUUCGCACACUGGCAUACCUGAAGCGUCACAAAAUGAUAGAGGCUUUCAACAUUCUGAAAGUCAAGGUGGGCACAGAGUUUGUGGUGAAGGAGGCCCAGUGGAGGCAGCUGGCCAAGGUCGUGGAGCCAGACAUCAGCAGUUCCCACCUGGAGCUCCUUUUGAGGAUCUCCGACGAGGGACAGAAGGGGUAUGUGGACAAAACGAACUUUCUACGCUUGGCUGACCUCCUCAACAUCCAGGUGGUCACCAUCAACAUCAAGAGACACCCGCUGGAAGCCUGGAUGCCUCGGGUAUACCAGUCGUCCCCAAGCCUCUUGGUUCAGAAGAUGGUUCGGCACAGGAUUUUUGUCUGGGUUUAUGAUGUCAUCAUUCUAAUAAAUGCCAUAUUCAUUGCUUUGGAUGAGAAAAACCCCUUAAUUUCCUAUGCAGAAUGGCUUUUCCUUUCUCUCUAUAUUAUUGAAAUUCUCCUGAAAUUGUACACGUACGAACCCAGAGCCUAUUUUGGAAGGAAGCAGUUCUGGAACUGGUUUGAUACUCUGAUCAUCAUCGCAGCCCUGGUGGCCACUGUGGCCAACACCACCAUUCAGUCAGCGAGAAAAUACAACAGUCAGCAGAUACUGGAUAUUGUCUUGAUUUUGAGAAUACUCCGGCUCUUACGGGUCAUUGUCAGCAUUCAGAGAUUCCGGGUGAUCGUGACCACCUUAAUUAACAUCGGCCCCACGAUGCUGACGUUUGGCGGCCUGGUCUUGGUGGUCUACUACGUGUUUGCCAUCAUCGGGAUGGAAGUGUUCCACGGCAAAGUCCACUUCUUUGACCCCGGUUCCACCAGUCCUGAUGCCCUGGUGUGUGGGAACCCAGCCUUAAAAGACUCCGCGUUUGCCCGAGGCAGGUACUGCAGGAACAACUUCAAUGACUUGCCCGCCUCUCUCAUCCUGCUGACAGAGCUCACGGUGGUUAACCAGUGGCACAUCCUCGCGGACGGCUUUGCCCUCGUGACUCACCAGGCGGCAAAGCUGUAUUUCAUCGGCUUCCACGUCGUGGUCGUCAUCCUCAUUGUUAAUAUUUUCAUAGCAUUCAUCUUGGAAGCAUUUUUUGUGGCAUAUUCGUUAGAAAAAAGUGAAGUGGAAACUGCCAUUGAGAAGAAGAUUCAAGAGCUUGGAGUUGGGGUCCAAGAGGAAGAAGUGCAGGAUGGGAAGCUCAUUGACAACGUGGACGCCAAGGACAGUGGCUUCAGUGGGGACGAUGGAGACAACAAAAGGAAGGCCUUGAAAGGACUGUACUUUAGAAUUGCAUCAAAAAAAUACAAGACCGUGGAUGCUUUGCUGCAGCAGAUGUUUGAGUCUGAAAUAGCUCCAGAGGAUGAAGGCCCUUCCUUGGAGGAGAUUCUGAACUUCUCACCCAGUGACGUACAUCCCAAGAAUCCCAAUUUUGAAAACAGUGCCUGACCCUGGGCCUGUAAGGGCCACAGGCAUCCACAACUGGAAACCAAGAUAAGCUGUCGUCACUGUUUGCAGAUGCUACCUAGAGGUUACUUUCCCAGCCCAGGUUCUCUUCUGUGUUCUGAUAAGACUGUGAAUCGGCCUCCCUUGUCCUGAGUGGUCGGCUCUGUGUGCUCUCCUGAGGUCGUGCUUAGGGCUGAUCAUAGAAGUGAGGAAAGGAAAAUCUACAAGGAGACUGUGAAGAGCACUUAUCCUACAAGUGUUCGUACGUGUGUAAAUCCUCUCAGUGGGUAUAUAAAAGCUUUCAUUUAUUUUUAUAUGAUAUUUUGCUACCUUAUUAAAUGAAUACUGUGCUACAGUGUUACAUAAAUGAAUUUAAAAUAUCUUAAUAUGCUAAAAGAACACGUUCUAGUACACUAGCUUUUGAUGCAGUGUUUAUUCGAAAUGAAGAAAAAUAUGAAUGUGAAGAUCAAAUGCUGUCACAAUUGCUUCUUUUUUGGGGGAGGCUCUCAAAGGUUCUUCUGUUUUAUGUUUUGGUUUUUUGGCCGUGAGGCAUGUGGGAUCUUAGCUCCCCGACCAGGGAUCGAACCCACACCCCUUGCAUUGGAAGGCAAAGUCUUAACCACUGGACCACCUGGGAAGUCCCUCAAAGUUUCUUUAAUUAAAUUACAAUUAUAGCAAGAUUUUGAGUAAGUUGCUCCCUGAGGUCACUUUCCCCAGCUGGAAGUCUCUCAGUACAGCGACCUACUCCUGGGAAAUUAAAGGGAUUUAUUUCACUUUA